AUGCUGCUCCCUCUGCUGCUCCUGCCCUGGGCAUGGGGGGCUCUGGACGCCUCCCCUCCUGUCCCCACAGAGUCUCUCACUCUCCGGCUGCUCCAAACCAUCAUCUUCCACAAUGCCAGCUCCACGGACAUGCAGGGGACGGCCCUGCUGGGCGACCUGGAGACUCACUCCCUGGACUGCAGGACCUGCAAGGUCCGCUUCCUGCAGCCCUGGGCCCAGCAGGGCCUGACCCCGAAGCAGUGGCAGGACCUGGAGAAGUUGAUCUAUAACAAUCUGUCCAACUUCAUCCGUAUGGUGAACGAUCUGGUUGAGGAUGAAGGAGAGGGCUACCCCUUUGUUACCCAGUUCAGCGAGGGCUGCGAGCUCCACCCCAAUGGCACUUCCAGGGGAUUCUGUGAUGCUGGGAUGAACGGCGAGGACUUUGUCAUCUUUGACACAGACAGCGGCAAAUGGGUCGCUCGCCAGGGGGAUAAACUGACUCUCAAAGCCCAGGAGAUUCUUAACUACAACCGGGUUGUGGCCAUCACGCUUCAGUUUCUCCUGAGAAUGACGUGUGUCAAUCUGAUCAAGAGCUUUGUCCAGCAUGGGAAAGAGUCUCUGGAGAGGCAAGAGCGGCCGGUCGCCGUGGUGUUUGCCCGAGCGCCUCCCCCAGCCGGGACCCCCGCGCCGGUACUGCUGGUUUGCCGGGUCACCGGUUUCUACCCCCGGCCCAUCCGCGUGGCCUGGCUGCAGGACGGGGAGGAGGUGGGGCCGGGCGGGCGGCUGAACUCCAGCGGGAUCCUGCCCAACGCGGACCUGACCUACCAGCUGCGCAGCUCCCUGGCCGUGGGGCCGGGCGCCGGGCACAGCUACGCCUGCCGGGUGCAGCACAGCAGCCUGGGGGGCCGGAGCCUGCUGAUCCCCUGGGAGCAGAGCAGGCCCUGGGGCCCCGGCCUGGUCGUGGGCAUCACCCUGGGGGUUGUGGCCGUAGCCGCCGUGGCCGUGGUGCUGUGGCGGAGCAGACGCAGGGGCUACCAGGAUGUUGGACCAGGGGAGUCCAGGCCCUGAGGGAGCGGCACCGGCCCCAGACCCAGCAUGGGGAUCGGCCCCUCUCCUGGGGACACGGACCUUGGGGCUGGAUCUGUGCUCGGCUCCAGAGCUCAGGGCCCCAAGGGCAGGACUGGAUCGGGGCCCUGGGAGAUCGGGGCCCGGGGUGGGAUUCUCCUCCCUCUGGACGUUGGGGGCACAUUGGACACUUGGGGCACUGUGGGAUCGCUGGGGUCCAGGAUCCACAGGGAGCCGGCGCUGGCCUGUGCCGUUCAAUAAACCCUUCAGGGAGGGGCUGCCCAGUGGACCCCACCGGGGGCUGUAGGAGCCAGGGUCUGGGUGCAGGGG